AUCAAGUAAACCAAAAGCAGAGCAAAAAAUAAACAAACUCAAAUAUGGUGCAACAACAACGACUCGCCAUUUCAAUACCAAAUAUUACCAAUCGCAUGCCGUCCAUGUCCUCAGCCGGCGUCAGUACACCCGGUUCCGUAUCGUCAACCACCUCAUCCACCUACAAUGCCAGCCUAACAACGUCAAUGGACUCACCGGCAGCGGAAGUGAACAGCGCCGAUAUUGGUUUAUUCGUGGAGACGCCACUGCUAGAGCUGAGCGCCAAUACACGCCUACAGUUGUCACAGCUAUUGAAUUGUCGUAAGAUUCUGCGUUCCGAAGAUGGUUAUGAGCGUGAUUGGCGCGGCGUGGCCGAGUUGGCUGAGGUGCGCAGCUUAUGUAAUAGCAGUAAUGAUGAUCCCAUGCGCACGGUGUUGCGUGAAUGGUGUUCCCAUCGACCGCAGACCGCGACUUUUGCCCGUUUGCAACAGUUUCUGGGCAUCAUCGAUCGUUGGGAUGUCAGCGAUGACAUUUACGAGAAUAUGGUUGAGGACGCAAAAAGAUAUGCCAUAAAAUUACGUCAGAAAUCGCUAAUCGCCAACGAUACCACAGACGCUGCUGCAACAUCUACCACAGCUGCAGCGACAUUUUGGCCAAGUCAAACGUCACCUUUCAUACCUAACGGUGUUAAUGGCAAUGACUUAAACAGCAAUGAACGUGAUCCCACCAUGACCAUAUUGACACGUGACGAUGUGAAUCGUGCACAAGAAGGAUUGCCACCACAACAGUAUGACGCAUUUGUGCUCUUCGCCGAUGCGGACAUAGAACAAGCCGCCGAAAUACAAACCAAAUUCGAGGAAAAUGCGAAAUAUAAUUUCAAGUUAUGCUUCAAAAAUCGUGAUCUACUCGGCGGCGUACCGUUCACGCAUGUUGCAUUGACGCAACUGAUCGAGGAACGUUGUCGUUAUUUACUUGUGAUCUUAACAAAAGAAUUUCUCGGUAGCCCAGAGAAUCGUUUCUUGAUGAAUUAUACACACGCGCUGCAAAUACAGAAUAAUACACGCAAAAUUAUACCGUUAAUUUAUGAAGAUUCGGUUAUUAUACCACCUGCCUUAAAAAUCUAUACACACCUCAAGUACUCACCAGUGCCUACAACGCUAUUCGACUUUUGGGCGCGUCUUGGCGAUUCAAUAAGACGUGCAUACAAUGCAACAGACCCGUCGCCAUAUGGCCUAAAUGAAGUUGUUGACAAUCUGCCUGCUGUUCGGCAGUUAUCUUCUGACAUGAGCUACACCAGCUUACCAAGCCCCCGUACAACCGCAUCUACCACACCCACCUCACCGAUACCGAGCAUCAAUAUCAAUGGACAUGCCUAUACACCUGAAGAGGAGGAGGAUGAUGUGUUCCAACAGAAGGAGGAACGUUAUCAUUUUAACAAACGUUCAUCCCUGCGUCAUCACAAUAGUGUUUAUAGUCACAACAACAAUAACAAUCGUAUUAGUCAACUGGUGAAUGGGAUGCGGAAUGCACACUCUACAAGUCAGCUAAAUGCUGGCGUUAAUAUUGACAACGGUGUCAGCAUGAGUGAUCUCAGCAUAAGUACUGAAUCGAAGAAGAAGAAGAAGAAACCGAUUAGAGCUGUGCUCAAACGGGUAUUUAGCCGCAGUAGUCCGAAACUACAACAAACAGCUGAAUAGUAUUUUUAUUGUAGGUUUAUAUGUACUAUGUAUGUAGUUAUGUUUUAAUAUGUUUUGUUUUACUUAAUUGUAAAUUAAUGUUAAUUGAAAUGUAUUUAUAAAUGCUAUGUAUGUAUAUGUUAUUUUGUUUUUUUUUUUUUUUUUUUUGCUUUGGCAACACCAAAAAAUCUUUAUGUAUAAUGAAAGAACAAUGCAAGUGAACCUUAUAUAAAGAAGAAAUUGUAGUUAUAUUUUACUGUAUUGUAUUUUAUUAUUUAUUAAUAUAAUUAAUGGCAAUUUGAUGCUGUUGUUGUUAUUGUUGUUGUUGUUGUUUUCAAACACAUGACAUAACAAACACAAAGCACAUAAAUCACACAACAAAAAUAGCUUGCUACACUUAACACGCGCUCCUACCGCACGCGCAUACAGUCUGACUUUUAUGUUUUCUGUAACAAAAUUUAUUUAAAUAUAGGUUUCUCGUUUCUAUUAUUUCUUCCUUCUGUAUGUAAUUGUUGUGUAUUGCGAAAUCCGUAUUGUCCAACAGCUAACAUUUUGAAACAAUUUUAAAAUAUGUAAAUUUUAUUUUUAAACUUUCCAGUGCUCACUACAUAAUUCCUUAGCAACUUCUUGCAUUUCUAUCGGCGCUCAUUUAUAAUAUAGUACAUAAACACAUACAUAUAUAUAUA